AUGGCUGAAUCUGCGGAGCAGCUCCGCAAAAUGCAAAUUCUUCAAAUGGCGGACCUAGGAACCGCUCGACGUGAAAUGAUUUCCACUGCCGAUUUGAAGAAGGAGACUCGCACACAGCUUGCUAAUAUUGAAUCCAAGCGAUAUCUCGAUCAAAGAGAUGAAGCUCAAUUGAGCAAAUGGGCAAAUCUACACACUGAGAUCACAGAUACUCGUGGCAUGGAAGAACUCGAUGACAUAAAUUCCGGCCAGUCUCACCGGGCUAAUUUGCACGCCAUGUUGCAUCCCAAUGGAAGUCAACCGCGCACUUAUGCCAAUCAUCCUUAUCCUCUUCCAUCUACAGGUCGUGGUGGCGGUGUCAUGGGAAAGAGAGGACGAGGUGGCUUUGUUGCCCCUCCCCCUACUGCUCUCCCUCCUGCGCCUACAAGAAUCUCCAUCCAUGCAACUGUCGGUCGCUCAGGACGCCCAGGACGCCCAGGACGCCCAGGACCGCGCGGUCGCUCAACCACGAUGUCGGCCAGCAUUCAUUUAGAUCCUGCGUUGAACUGCAAUAACGAUGACAGCGAUGCUCGUGACCGAGGAAGGGGACGUGGACGAGGCAAAGGCAAGGGCAGAAGUAACGCCCAAGAGCAGGUUCACUUCCCGUCCGCCCCUAUCAGGGUCCAGCGGCAGCCUCAAGCCGUCGACUUUGCCGCUAGAAUCUCUCAGCCUGGGGACUUCAUGUCCGUAGUUCAGUCCCGCCGAGCAACCGAAAUGUACAAAAAGCCUAUCGAUACAAUCAUCUCUACACCAAUGCAGAUGGCUGCUCUUGCGCCAAAGCUCAAGUCGCCCAACGAGUCAAAGGUCAAUGUGCCUCUGGGCGGCACACCGAAGAAAGGAACGGCCACCGUUAUUGCACCCUCGAAGCCUGGACCCUCGCCAAUGGCAGCAUUAAAGCCGCCAUCUCAUGCUGUUCUUAUUGAGAAGACCACAUCAUUCAAGCCCGCCAAGACCCAGGAUACUUCAACCAAGAUUUCUCUGCCACAUAUUGGACCCUAUCUAGUGGAAACACCCUCGCCAUUACCUCGCGUUGUUCCUAUUGACAAGACUGCGUCUUUCAAGUCCAGGAAACCCCAUCCUAGUACAUCCAACCCUACUGAGCAGCAUAAGAAGCCGCCUCCAGUGGUCGCCGUUGCUGCAGAUGGGAUUCAAUGGAAGAUUUCGCCUGGCGAACAGCCACGAAAGAAGGGCGCAGCUUCUUCAAGCAAGGAGGCAGUCUUGUCUGAACGCUCCAUCCCCCUCACCGAGGACAAGAAAACACCCGUAGUCAAGGUGACUCAUGCCAAAUACAGCAAGCGGGGUAUUUCUCCUGGUAGCCAGAAGAUUAAAACGAACCAGAAAGUUCAGUCUCAAGAUCUGCUCAGCGAUGAUGACUCCCCGGUGAAUGCAGCAACAAAAGUUCCUCGUCCUUUGAAAACAGUGGCCAUCCAGAGUCCAGGUACUGCAGAAUUGGCAGGUCUCCAGUUUGCGACGAAAGCCAGCGAGUCGGUGUCAGCCAAGAGCAUUGAUGAAGUCAUUUUCCCGAAAAUAACGAACAAUGACAUCCCAGAAGCCCAUUCUCAUCGCAAUGAUCAGAGUCAGGAAGAUGACAGUUCUGGUGUCUCCAAUCAGCAGAUUAUUGCAGAACUUCGCGAUAUACGCGAAUACAUCCGUGCACCCCAUCGUAACUUGGCGACUACUCGGGAUAUUGAACGCAUCCUUGAAGCUAAAUUGCUCCAGCUAGUAGCUACCCCAUCUGCAUCAGCUACAGCACCUACAGCACCUGCAGCCUCAGAUAUCGGCACUCGGCUAGAUGACCUGGCUGCACUUAUAGAAUCUUUUUCAGCAUUGCAUCAACGAACUAAGGCUGGUGAAGCUUCUUCGGCUGCCCGGCGCGAUGUUACCCCCUUUGAGGGACACCGAUCGCCGCCUCCCCCUUCCUCCAGUUCGAACUCACCUCCCUCUGCUGAUAAACGCGCGCACAAGUUACGUGUGCCCGGCCUCUCACCGACCGGAAGUGAAAAUUCCGACAUCAUCUCGCACUUCGAAUUCCUCCAGGUUUCGGAAAAACUUGCUGCGCCGCUGCAACCACAACGUGCAGUUCCUACUCCGACUAGUCGUCCUCUGAAAAUUCCCAAGAAGGCCAACACAUCCGAUGCGUCCGUUCAAGUCACUCCUGCUCUGGGAUCGCGUCCAAAGGAGGCGGCAAAAAAGCCACUGACUCUUAAUGAUUCUAUCUUUGCAGGACCUGUCGGUUCUGUCACUUCGGUCCCUAAGGUCACGGAACCCAAUGCGAGGCGGUCCCAGACCAUGGCCGGGGCUUUGAGUUCAAACCACCCGAACAUUCCCAGCCAACAGGAUGAAAGAGCCCAUUCAACCGGCGUUCGCACAAUUGGCCCUGCACCAUACAAACCCCGUGUGAUUGGUCCUGCUCCCUCGGUGUAUGAGCAAACGACGUUGCGUGACCUGCCAAGGGCUCAAAGUCGUACUGUCUCCGUCCAGCAGGCAGCCAUGGAUACUCGCAUCGAGAACCUCUCCUCUGUGAAUGUUGCAAGCGGUACCCCGUCCAGUGGCACAGCUUCUGAGCAAGCUGCGGGUCGGCUAUUUUCAAUGCCAGACCCUGCGACUAUUCAGCAGCCCCAAGUGAAGACUGAUGGUUCCAUCCUUAUCAGCCGUUCUCACCGCUAUUAA